AUGAUAUCGGUAGCUGUGUGUGUGUCUCUUAUGGUUGCUGCGUGCAGUGCGCAGGUGCCAACUUUCGGGAAAUGCCCUGCAGUUGAUGUUGUUCAAGAUUUGAACGUAACCAGGUAUCUUGGACAAUGGUACGAGAUCCAGAAGUUCUUUUUCUUCAUCGAGGGCUCGGAGAAGUGUAUUACAGCCGACUACAGUUUGAAAUCUGAUGGUCACAUUAGGGUUUUAAAUACUGGCAUAGCGAAAGACGGAAGUAAAGACGUUGCCACAGGAGACGCCGAAGCCAUGGACCCGAAUGUUCCCGCUAAACUCUCCGUCACAUUCAACGGUUCCCCUCGGGUGCCAUACUGGAUUGUAGACACGGACUACGAUACCUACUCCCUAGUUUGGUCCUGCACGGACAUAGGAGGCUUGUUACAGGCUGACUUCGCCUGGAUCCUCAGCAGAAACAACACUCUCGACAAUGCCAUUAUAGAAAAACUUCAGAAUAAGCUCGCUACCUUCAAUAUCAACACAAAAAGUUUCAGGCAAACCGAUCAAUCAAACUGUGAUUAUUAA